AGAAUCCAUGUUGGACAUACAGCUCGCGGGUUCGCGAAAGUAGUUUCAGGAGUGGCGUUGCUGAGUGAGUGAGUGGUGUCGUCGUUCGUAGUUGUAGACACGGGUGUUGUGGGUGCCCGCUGUAUAGUAGACACAUACAUAUACCAGUCCAUCCAUCCAAUAGAGAUACAGCGAGCAUUUAGAAGCAGUAUUUUCAGUUUCAUGAAUUAGAGUUUCAGUUGUUCUUCUAGUGUUUGGCGGGCGUUCGCGAGUUUUGUUGAAUGAUGUUCCUUCUGGUUCUGUGGGCAAGUUAGAGGUGAGAUAGAGCGAGAGUGCUGGAAGUUAAUGUGCCGAGAUGUUCCGGUGCAUGCCUAUUUUCAAAGGCUGCAAUAGACAAGUCGAAUGCAUUGAUAAGAGCCACUGCUCUUUACCAACGGUCCCAGAGGACAUCCUGAGGUACUCCAGGAGCCUGGAGGAGCUGCUCCUGGAUGCGAACCACAUACGCGAUCUUCCGAAGAACUUCUUCCGACUGCACCGCCUCAGGAAACUCGGCUUAAGUGAUAAUGAGAUACACAGGUUACCCUCGGACAUUCAAAAUUUCGAGAACCUCGUCGAAUUGGACGUUUCCAGAAAUGAUAUUCCUGAUAUACCAGAGAGUAUUGGCGCGCUGCGCUCCCUGCAGGUGGCCGAUUUCAGUUCGAACCCUAUACCCAGGUUGCCGCCCACCUUCAGUCAAUUGCGUUCCCUAUCCGUCCUGGGGCUGAACGACAUGUCGCUGACGUCCCUUCCGACGGACUUCGGCAUGCUCGCAGCCCUUACAUCGCUGGAGCUGAGAGAAAACUUGCUCAAGGAGUUGCCCGGCUCUAUGGCAUCACUCAGGAAACUAGAGCGCCUCGAUCUAGGUGAUAAUGAAAUCGAAGAACUGCCAGCGCUAAUCGGAGAGCUGCCUGCGUUGCAAGAGCUCUGGUUGGACCAUAACAAUCUGCAGCGAUUGCCGUCAGAAAUUGGUCGACUGAAGAACCUAACAUGCCUGGAUUUAUCAGAGAACAGGUUGGAAUCGCUUCCUGAGGAGAUGUCCGGCCUGGAGAGUCUGACCGACCUGCACCUGUCGCAAAACGUGCUGGAAAUGCUGCCCGACGGCAUCGGCAGGCUGAGCAAACUCGCCAUUCUGAAAGUGGACCAAAACAGAUUAACUAUUUUAAACUCUAACAUAGGCUUUUGUACGAAUCUGCAGGAACUGAUACUGACUGAGAACUUCCUGAACGAGGUACCUAGGCAGAUAGGUAAAUUAGUGAAAUUGACGAAUUUAAAUAUAGACAGGAACACGCUGUCGACGAUCCCCGAAGAAAUCGGGAACCUUAUCGAGCUCGGCGUGCUCAGCCUCCGGGACAAUAGGCUCACGCUCUUGCCCGAUACUAUCGGCAACUGCAAAAGAUUGCACGUCCUCGACGUAUCCGGCAAUCGGCUUCCCUAUCUGCCGGUUACGCUCCUGCAGCUUGCCCUAAAAGCCGUCUGGCUGAGCGAGAAUCAAGCGCAGUCCUUGCUCACCUUCCAGACGGACACCGAUCCUGCCACCGGUACCACAGUAUUAACUUGCUUCCUUUUGCCGCAGCAAGAGUAUCAGCCGACGAUAGCUUCUGAUGGGCGCUUGUAUCGGUGUGAUGUAACCCCUAUCCUAUCUAAUGGGAGUGUGAUGCGUUCAGAUAAUCCAGAGACUGACGAUGACUGGGAGGAGAAGGAGGCGAGCCGCACUCAUUCCGUCAAGUUCGUCGAUUCGCAGGACCAGGAUUGUCGCGAGACACCGUUCGUCCGGCAGAACACGCCGCAUCCGCGUGAGCUCAAGGCGAAAGCUCACAAGCUCUUUUCCAAGGGUCAGAAUUCGCUGGAGGAGAGCGGCGAGCUGCAGGCCACCACGGAAACCGUUCCAAUCAUCGACCAGCAGCCGCCGGAGGUCGUCGCCGCAGCCGUUGCUACCGUCCCGGCUCCGGUCCCGCCGCCCCCGCUGUCCACAACCAUCGACAACGGCAACGAGGAGAGCAGCGAACCGAGCCUCGAAGAUGACACUGAUGAUGAUUUGGCGAGGAAACGGGUCGGAUUUGCGACCGGCCUUUCGGAGAUCGAAGAAUCGGAUGUGGCGUCGCGACCCGUGCGCCUUCACCGUCGCGACACCCCGCAUCAUCUGAAGAACAAGCGCAUCAACGCGGCCACGAUUGAUAAAGACAAGGUGGCUUCGAUCAUUGCACAGGCCAUGAAACGCAAGGAGGAGGACAGCGACAGGAUGAGCACCACGACGACUACGCCGACGGAAUCGCUCGGAGAUCGCAGCCAAGUUGGUGAAUCGGAUGCCACCGUCGAAUUGAGAGAGGAGAAAUACGAGAUACAUAUCGAGAGGUCUCGGGCCGGAUUAGGGUUGUCUAUAGCAGGUGGAAGAGGUUCGACACCCUUCAAGGGCGACGAUGAGGGUAUCUUUAUAUCGAGGGUGACGGACGGUGGGCCGGCUGAUCUGGCCGGUCUGAGGGUUGGAGAUAAGGUGUUGACCGUGAAUGGGGAGAACGUGCAGGAGGUGAGCCACUACGAUGCCGUUGAAAUCUUGAAGGCCUCCGGGUCGAUUCUGAUCUUGGAGGUAUGUCGCGAGGUGACGCGCAUCGUGCGCGAUAACGAGCUGCGUGGCGAAGUGCUGGUGGUACCUGAGCCGCAUAAGCAUCCGAUACCAUCGCCGCUGCCGCCCAUCGAAGAUGAUGUGGCUAUGCAGAAGGUGCCCAUCCACACCACGCUGAUCAGAGACUCGAGAGGCUUCGGCUUUAGCAUAGCUGGUGGAAAGGGCUCGCCCGCGUACAAAGGGUCUUCAGAUGCCAUAUACAUAUCCAGGAUCACAGAAGGCGGAGUGGCUCACAGCAAUGGUAAACUGUCGGUCGGGGAUAAGGUGACCUCUAUUAACGGGGUGGACCUGAGCGGGGCCACCCAUGAUCAAGCGGUCGGUAUGCUCACGGGUCUGGAGCGCUUUGUGCGACUCGUAGUGGAGCGUGACGUGCCGAUCUCUAAGGACGGCGGUAGCCCCGUUCCAUCCCCCGGCCCUCAGCAAUCCCCCAGGAUGUACGGCCUCCCCAAACCAUAUUCCGGUCUAUAUUCGCCGAACAGCUACAUGGCCAAUCGGUAUACCGGGUACAGGAGAUCCUUGGAACCGGAGAAGAAGGUGGAGACGCCGGAAAUGGAACACUCGAAAACGAACGGCGUGGACCAAGUGCCGAAAGCAGCGGAGCGUCCGCAACCGGCUCCCAGAAAAGCUCUGACCUCGCAAAGCGAGUCCGCCCCUAAAGCACCUUCGCCCAUACCCCUAGCCCAAUCGCCGAACAAGCUCGAGAAGCAAGAACCUAUCGCCGUCGCCGCCACCACCGCCGCUCCGAUCAACAACAACAACAACAGUCACAAACCGGUGACGCCGACGUCAUCGCUGGAGGGAGACGAUGCUCAGGUACUACCGAAGCCCAUCACGAACGAGGAUUUCCAGGCAAUGAUCCCCGCCCACUUCCUGAAACACACGAAUGCCCAAAACCAUUCCCCCGGUGAGUCCUGUCCCCAAGUCCCGUCCCCUACCGAUGCGCACAUACAGAACGUCACUGUGACGAUAAGGAAGCCGGAGCAGGCGAUUGAGUUCCCGCCCGCCCCCACCGGACCCGGACGUGUUACAGAGACCAUAACCAAGAGCACAUUUACGGAAACGGUGGUAACGCGGAUCACCGAUAAUAAGCUGGUCACGCCCCUGAUUAUCGAGGAUGUCAUCUUGAGCAAGGCCGAGGGAUCGCUGGGAUUCAGUAUUAUUGGAGGCACCGAUCAUUCCAGUAUUCCAUUCGGUACCAAAGAACCGGGCAUUUUCAUAUCCCACAUGGUGCUCGGUGGAACAGCUGCAAGAUGCGGUAAGCUGAGAGUCGGCGAUAGAAUCCUGAAGGUCAACGGCACCGAUGUCACGCAGGCCACGCACCAGGAGGCAGUGAUGGAACUGCUGCGACCUGGAGAUCAGAUUACAUUGAAUAUCAGGCACGAUCCUCUACCAGAAGGAUACCAGCAACUGGAGAUUAAACAUGUAGACACGACCGAGUUGGUUAUCGUGAAAGCGGACAACGAGAAGCUCGGUAUGCACAUCAAGGGUGGAUUGCAAGGACAACGCGGUAAUCCGCUCGAUCGGUCCGACGAGGGCGUCUUCAUAUCUAAGAUCAAUUCGGUGGGAGCCGCGCGAAGAGAUGGAAGGUUGAAGACAGGCAUGAGGCUGCUCGAAGUCAACGGGAAGUCUCUGCUCGGCGCCACCCAUCAGGAGGCGGUGAACACUCUAAGAAUGUGUGGCGAUACCAUUCAUAUGGUAGUCUGCAAAGGGUAUGAUAAGAUCGACGUGGACAGAGCCGUAGCGGAAGGUCGUUUGGUGAGAGGCGGAUCCGUGAGCAGCAGAUCUCAAAGCGUUAGCUCGCUGGAUAUGCCAGAUGAAGAUUCACAGCAGGAGCAACGUAUGAAAUCUGAGCUCGUGCAGUUCGAGAAAGAGGAAGCGGAGAAACGGUUGAGAGUGCAGGAGGAUUUCGAGGAUAUGUCACUGGUUGAAGCAAAGCCGACGACACCCGCCGAUAAAGUUCUGGAUGUGGUGAGAGCUGUAGAGACUUUGGCCCAAGGACCGGACGCGGCCGUUCCGCCCAAAUCGCCAGGUGGUCCAAAUUCCGAACUUAAAACUACAACAAUUGUGAUGAGUAAACACACCUUAGCACCACAACUAACUACGGAUAAAGGUGCCAAGACUAACGAGCAUGUGGAUUCUACUACUACUACUACGACCUGUAAUAAUAAUGCAAUCCCGUCUCCUAAACCAACCCAAGUCACUUUUGUCAUCAAGAAAAUAAUACCAGAAACGAGGGUGGAGGAGGAUUCUUUACUGUUGCUUCCUCCGCCGCCGCCUCCACUUGAAAAUAUCUAUGAUAGUAUCGAUGAUUUCGUUGUACCCAUCGAUCCGCCCGAGCAAUUCGAGAAUUUACCAAAACCACCCCCAGAGACGUACAUAUCCGUGCUAAACAUAAAUCCGGUUCGUGAAGUCAGGAAAGCCGAUAUUGUUGCUAAUGACCGCGUCAUGUCGCCCCCGCCUCCACCAGUCAACCUGCAUACACAUCCGACUUUGGUUCAAGCUCCAAUCGACCUGAAAACCAAACACCCGGAUGUCGUGUUCAGAAACAAGCAGAAACCCGCGACAACGAAAAAUCCUUUAUCUGAAACGCUGCUCGAGUUCAUUGUUAGCGAUGCAGCCGAUGUGCCGCCACCGCUUCCAUCGGUUCCGCCCCCAAACGACGAUGAAAUUCCACCAAUCAAAAUUCCGCCACCGGUGCCGCCCAAAAAGGUGCUCCUCAAACAGACUUUAUCGACGGAAACAGACACUCUGUUGUUGCAGCCGGAGAUUGUUAGCAAUGCAACGUUCUACAGCAAACCUCCUCCACCAAUUCCCAACCAACAAAGACCACUAUCCGCAACUUCUAUUACUAAUUCCGCUAACAUUCACGACGGACACUUUAAAGAUAAGGAAAAUGAUACUUACUAUAAGCGAUUUUCGCUCUAUUCGAAGCCGCCGCAGUCACCGAAGAACAACAAAAUGUCGGUGAGUGACAAGAAGAAAUUCUUCGAGAAUGCCAUGGAGGAAAGCCAGAAACCAUCUCCUAAAGCGGAAAGGGUAUUCAGUUACUUGAGCGCUGAUGAAGUUGAAAGGAUGAAGGCGGAAGAAGAAAAGAAAAUUGCGAAUUUGUCUUCAUGCGAUGUGGGUUCUUUAGGAGUUUUGGAUAUCUCCGAUAACGAGUCCAUAGAGUCACAACCCGCUAGGCCACACAGUACUAUUGGUGCAAUAGGCAUAGUGCGAACCGCGAAGGCGGAGAGAAGACUGAAGGAUAGGAUGAGGGAGGACGGUUUGUUGAACGACGAUGACGAUUGCAAUCUGUCGCCAGCUGAGGAGAGGACACUUCGUGCAGAGAAACGAGCUGCUUGGAGACAAGCAAGACUAAAGUCUCUCGAGCAGGAUGCCAUCCAGGCUCAGAUGGUGAUAAAAUCCAUGAGCGAUAUAGUCGGAACGGGAGGUGAUACGCAGCUCGAGCCAACAGCAGAGAACGUAGAGUUGAGGCCGUCGAGCGCCGAUUUUCCGCGGCUUGCCGUUCGUAGCAAGCCGGGCAGUACGACUGUCCGUGAGAGCGAGAAGAUCGUCGGCGAAAAGGUGACCAGAAAAACAGAGGAAUACGUGGACGAAGUCACCGGUGAGAGGAGGGUCCGUACCGUCGAAUAUGUCGAGAAACUCAUUGAAAGAGAGGUGGAAACGUUACAAGAAAAAAUCAUAUCCUUGGAAUUAACGAAGCCGGACGAUGAUUUGCAUUUAUCGAUCGGUCUGAACGGAAACAGCGCAAAAUGCGGUGAGGAAGAGGUGGACGGGGAGGAGACAGUUUCGGAGCCGGCCACGCCUACGGUGGAGGAGGAGCGUAACUUGGACACGGCUGUGCCCAACAAAAAUAAGAAGCGACGAAAACGUUCAAAAAAGGGCGGCAAAGCCCACCAACAGCAGCAGCAGCAACACUGAGAAUCAUUCCGUCUGGUAUAUAGAAAUCAUCAAAAAAAUCUCUAUUCUUUAUUUCCAAGGGUAUCUGGGUUUACACUACUAUUAUUUCGUUUCGAUUAUACUUAUUAUACAUACAUAAUAUAUUUUAUUUUUCACUUUCUUAAGCGUUAGGUUACUAAAUUAUUUUUUGCGUUAAAUGUACAAAGUAUUUAUCUUGUAUUCAAAUAUCUUUACGUUUGUUUUCAUUCUUUCAAUGUUAGUUUAUAUACAUAUAUACAAAAAAAACAACAAGAACAUCAACAAUUAUAAGAAGAGAAAUCAUUAUUACUAUUAUUUAAUUAAUAACUAUUAUUAUCAUCAGUUUUUUUUUUCACUGUCUCUUAACUUCAAUGUGGUGGUAUGUGUUUGUUAUUUUAUACAAUAGACGUUUAUUAUUGUGCUAUUUAUAUAAGACGGACAUUUUAAAUUUUAAAAUAAAAAUAAAUUCCGAACGAGAUCAUAAA